AUGGCAUUUCCUUACAUCGACACUCCACGCACCGAAGUGGACGGAAACGCGACCUUUAUCAGCCAGGGGCAGCGAAGCGCAACGCGGCAUAAUCUUUCGGCCUUAGACUCGGUUGAGAAUUCGUUUGUAUCGCCAACGAAGGAUCACGAUAUCUUAAGAGAAACAUCCGACUCGCGGAAUCGACAGCGCAGACUCUCGCUUCGAACCCCCCGAGCAAGCCAAGGUCUUAAAUCCGCAAGACUCGAUAAACGCACACUACCCAACUCAGCAUUGCCCAAGGGAGAGUUUACUCCUCUUAUGAACAGUGUUACAAAAAACAAUUUCUUGCGAACUGGUGGUGAUCGCGCCCGGGGUGUGCCGGCCACGCCCGCUCUGUCGAAAAUAGAUGAAAGCAAUAUAUACGAAGGAGCUUCCAUGAAUAGCUCUGCUUAUGAUGCGACUCCCGUACCUCAAGGCGCCCCGAGCAGCGGUCAGAGUACCCCGUUACCUACACUUCCUCAAAGAGAUGGCACGGGUGGAGUGAUCCGUGAUGGGCAGAAUAUGACUUUGAGGGAACAAGAAAACAUUAUCAAUAAGUUUGAUAAGGAGAACUUUGGACUUAAGUUAAAAAUACAUUACUUGGAGGAACAGUUAAAAAAGGCCGGCCCUGAGCUGAACCAGGCUGCUUUAAAAGAAAAUACGGAACUCAAAGUUUCAAAAUUAACAGUUCAGAGGGAGCUGUAUCGGUGCAAAAAAAGCCUUAUUCAUGCUGAGCAUGAUCUGGAAUCCUGUAAACUUCAGCUUCAGGAAUUCCGAGAGAAACUGGCAUCAAAACAGUCUGACGGCACAACUCAGGAAACAAUAAAAUGGAUGCGCCAAGAAUUGGAGUCCAAAGAUGCUGACAUAGCAGAUCUUCAAGAACAAGUAAGGUCGGUGGAAUCCAAACAGGCAGAGGAGGUUGCCAAUCUAAGGGAAGAAAUAAAUGAGCUGGAAUAUACCCUUCGUGAGAAAGAUAGACGCAUUGAGGAGAAGGAAGAAGAAAUCGAGAGCCUGCAAUCUAAACAUGCCGACGAAAAUGCCAAUAUAGCCGAUUUGGAGACAGAGCUUGAAGAUGCCAGGGGCAAAAUUGAAGAUCUUCAGGAUAGCCUGGAGCGAGCGAGGGCUGAGGCUGAAGAUGCGGAAACAGCUUGCGAGCAAGCUCUCCAGGAAAAAGAACAAGCCGCCGAAGACUUAAGAGAACUUCAAGAUGAGAUGGCCAAUAAGUCUAUUUCUGCUUCGGGGCUCACUCGUCAAUUGGAGGAAAGGGCAAACAAAUUGGAGACCGAACUUACCACUGUUCGGCAACAACAUGCCACACUUCAAGAAAAGCUAGAGAAUAAAGCGCAGUUCGAACGUCGGCUACAGGAGCAGAUCAAGGACCUUAAACAAGAGCACUCAUCCACAGAGCGCGAACUCAUCUUCCUUCAGAAGGAACAUGCCGGUUGUCAAGGGGAUAUUGAAGGCAAAAUAAACUCCGAAAAUAGAUUACAAGAGCGAAUCGAAGAUCUUAAGCAGGAACUCUCGUCUACCAGAUCUGAUUUACAGCAUGACCUUGAACAGGCUCGCCACGAGAAAGCAAUUGCAAUCCGUGAGCAGAAGUCCGCUUUGUCCCGCCUUCAGUCUCUUGAAGACGAACUACAACAGAAAGGAGACACAAAAAGCCUAUUGCAAACCCGGCACGAUGCUUUAACGAACGAAUCCAAGGCUCUUCAAGGGGAUCUAGAUAGAGCAAAGAGGACAAUUGCCGAGUUGGAAGAAGAUGCUGCAGCUGAACGGCAAGAAUCACUGAACACGCUUGAAGAAAUGAGACGCCGCCACAAAGACGAGAUUGAUCAACUAAACUUGCAAAUUACGGUUCUUCGUCGCGAGGUAGACAACAAGAACUCCUUAUUCAAUUCGGACUUGGACAAAUGGGAAAACAUCAAGCGAUCAUUAGAACUGGAACGGGACCGGGCACUGCAGCAAGCUGAGGCACAUAAACGAACAGUUGACAGCCUUCAGCAAAUGGAAACGACAAAAUCCGGACGGGAGAAAAGAUUGCAGGAUAUCAUUGACAGCGAGAAACAGCGCCGUCUGCAACAGGAAGAACUCCUCACUCGUCAGAUAAAAGAACUCAAUGAUGACAUCUCAUCUAGAAGGGAAGCAUCCGAAACCCAAAGAUCGGAGCUACUCUCCCUAAAGGAGCAGCUCAGAGUUAGCCGGCGUGAAGAACAAACUCUCAAAGAAAAAGUACAAGGCUUAGAAGACGAGAUUAUUGUCUUACAAGCCAGCUUGGAAGAAGAACAACAGUAUGCCUUGGCUCAGCGAAAGGCUGGUAAUUUGGAGUCCGGCAAUCAUUUGCAGAGUAUUGUACAGGAAAGGCAGGCCCUUAGAGAACAGUUUGCUGCCGCAAAGGCCGAGCUAAAAGAGCUCCAGGUUACCCUUGCUGAGGUAGAAGCAGAGAGAGAUGGCCUCCAAGAUGAACUUGCUCAAUAUGAUCAUGCCGGUGAUACAUCUCGAGUCGACCAGGAAAAGCUUGAGUUGAAGAAAGCAAACCUACGUCUAGAACGAGACAUUAUUCGGUUAAAUACUGAGAGAAGCUCAUUGCAAGAAGCUAAAAAUGCUCUUCAGAAUGAAGUGGACAAUGAGCUUAUCCGGGCCGCAGCGGAGGAAGAACGCCUAGCCGCAGAAAUCAAUCGAUUACAAGACAAGCUAUUCAUGGCUGAUGAUAAGAAAGAUCGUGAACUUCUGUCAUCCAGGAGCAAGAUUACUCGACUUGAAGCCCGCCUCAAGGAACUGGAAGCACAUCUCCACAAUCCCAUGCCAUCCGAGCCCGCAUCUCCCCCAGAACAUGCUGAUGCAUCAAUAUUCCGCCAAUGUCUAGCUGAAAGUCGGGAGCGUGAGAGGUUCAUCCUCCAGCGAGAAUCAGACUUGAAGUCGUCUAUUCGACUUCUCAAGUCUCGAAUCACUGAUUUAGAGAAAGAGAACCAUGAACUUCAGAUUGCGCGAUAUGAAGGCAGCUCUCUGGUGCCCUCUUCUCCCUCUUCACAGCUUCAAGAAGAAUUGCGAAAUCUCCGUGCACAAAAUAUAGAGGUCCAUAAGGCUCUGAAGGAACUAAAGGCCAAGAACCGUGAACUUGAACAACAAAGGUAUUCUGCCGGCGAAAAGAGCCAGAACUUUAGUGAAGUACUUGAUCUUUCUACAUUCGAUGCAGAAUCAAUCGCGGCCAAGUUGGCAAGACGUGAAGCCCGAAUCCAUGAGCUUGAAGUUGACCUCCAUCGGAUACGUGGAGAGCGAUCUACCGCUCUCAAGAACCUGAAUGCGGCAGAUCGUAGGAUAAGGUUACUGCAAGACCGCCAUCCUAAAGCCAUCCAUGAUAUGUCGAGGCAACUAGAAAAACAGAAAUCUCGGCAUGACAGGGAAAUAGAAGUCCUGCGGAUGGACCUUCUCUGGAAUCAAGUACGUUUGAUCCGCGCAGAGCAGUUCCGAAGGGACCUUGCUUGGUACAAGGAAGUCUCACAGUACAGGGAACAAGAGCGAAUUAGGGCUACUUGUGCCCAAAUAGAGCGUCAGAUGAUAGCUAAUAUGGGUAUAGUGGUUUCUGAGGCUGCUGAGCAACUGAGCCCUAUUCAGAAAUUCAAAGCUGGUAUUUCAGUCGCACUAUUCAUCGCCCGAGCAAAGCGGGUGACGAUGGAAUGGAAGAAGAACUCACAGAUAGGAGAUUUGGUCAAGCGAGCCAAGAAAGACCAGCUCAGAAAACAUGGAAGAGUAGGGCAGAAAUGA